ACCACCGCAGCUCAAUCCGUACCCAACCAACCAAUCCACCCAUUUUGCGUUAUUCUUCUUCUUCCCUCAGCCCUCAACCCUUUCUCGCCCUAUUUAUUUUCCGUUUCUUUUCUUCCGGUGCUUCCCAUAUCCCUUAGUUUGCUGCCGACUCUAUUUUUCGUCGGGAAAGAACGCUCCGACAAGCGGCAAAUAUCGCUUUGCCGCCUUCGUGUCUCGCGGAGCCCCUGAAUUGGCCAAACCUUACGACGCCUCUAUAAACCUUUCGCCAAACAAUUCCCUCUCGCUGGAUUCCUCGUAUCUCCCGUGUCGAUAACCUGCUUCUCCCUGCCGCUGGAGAGGCAGCAGUUCCCCCUCGCCCUUUUCACCCGCUAUGGAUCGCAGGAAACCUUCAUCAUGCAGUCGCUUCACCCUUCUCCUCCGGAAUCUCUUCAUCGCGGCGUUAGCCUACACGUUCGUUGUCGAAGUUUUGCACGUCUAUCAAACUGGUACCAUCUCCCCGUUUUCGAAGGGUCCGCCAAAGAAAUCAACGGGGAAGAAUAGUAAGGGGGGCUCGUUGUCCGGGGGUGUGAAUUGGCGGUUGAGGCCAACGACGUUGGUUGAGAAUAUCAAUGAUGCUUUCAUGGGGAAGAGGCCAGAUGUGGAUACGAAUGCGAAUUACACAAAAUUGAUUGAGGCGUGUCGGGGGUCCUUAAAUGGGUUGGAGAAGAUGAGGAAUGUUUAUGAUUGCUUAGACUACCUUACCCACCACCAGGAUGACUACUUUUUCAUGCCCGAGAACCGACCUUCGGCCGCCGACCCGAGCUACAAAUCGAUUGAGGAUGCUGCCUCCCCAUCCACACACCAUAUUGGGGAUUGCCCUGGCCCCGUUCAGCUCUAUCAUACGUACUGGACUGGUCCGGCUACGUGGCGGGUGGAGCUUUUCGUCAAGGCUUAUCUGUAUACUCAAAAUAUUCCGUGCAGCAGGCUCCAUAUUUGGCUCGAGUCGGAUGGAUUUCCGAACGCUGUGCCAGACAUGAUGAAGGAUCCUCUAUUCGCCAAGUUUCUUCCGCUUGUGGAGCGUGGCGAUCUGGUUCUUAAGGCAUGGAAAUUCCCCCGCAGGAUUCCCUUGCCCAAGGGGGCUAUCGCUGAGGAUCCAGCAUAUACGAAAUCUUUGGCCGGCAAGGGAUCCAUCCGCCGAACCUCCGGUGACACUAGGAGUCCCAAACCGGAGGUUUACAUUGCCGACGGGGUUGUCCGGAUGGAAGAUGGUAGCGAGUGGCUUGUGCUUACUGAGCGCCAGAUGACUUUUCUUCCCGUUGCUGUCUCGGAUGCCGUGCGUUUCGUUGUCUUACAUUUAUAUGGAGGUGUUUAUAUGGAUAUGGAUGUUAUGCUUUUGCGUGACAUGCGGCCGCUGUUACUGACGCCUGAUCACAACUUUGCCGAACGUUGGGCGGUUCAUUCACACCCUGGGGAUUACAACACUGCUGUCAUGUCUCUCAACGCAAACAGCUCUCUAUCCUCGUAUCUCGUUAGGGGCGGAAUCAGAAUGGGUCUGAACUUUCACCCGAGAAUAAUUGGGAGGAUGGCAUGGAAGGAUGGGAGAAGCGAGGAGUUUGCCAUGUUUGAGACCGGGCUGUUUGACCCAAUUUGGGGCGAGUUCAAUUGGGGCCGAGAAGGGAGAUGCACGGUUCCCUGCUUCAAGGAUUACGGUGUUGCUUUUCAAGGGACAAAGGGUGCAAUCAAGGAUGAGUGGGAGAGCUACGAUGGGGAGCCGCUUUCGGAAAGGGUGUAUCAGAGGGAGCUAGAGCUCAGGUCUCGCAUCUCGGAUUUGCCGUUAUCUUCACCCGAAGAGGCUGAGCUUACCUCGGUUGGGGCUCUGGCUAUGGAAAGGGGGGAUGUGGAUGUGACAUAUGGGGGAAAGCCAUAUACAUUGAAGGAUGAUAAAUACCCGCCGAAUAACAGAACGCUGGAAAACUUUUUCAGAGGAGCUUGGAGUUAUCAUAUUCACAAUCAGGUUUGCUCCCCCCUCCCCUUGCCGUUCUCUGUCCGUCGCAUCUAACCCGAUACCUCUAGUGGGCCAAACACCCACAGCCAAAUUCUUGGUUCGACGUCGCUCAAAGAGCCCACGACGGCUUCCUCCAAGGAACACGUAGGAACGUCUACGGCGAAUCUUGGACAGGACCCGAUAUCCCAGCUUACGACCGCUGGCCGGAAUUCGAUUAAUGUACGAGUGUUUCCAAAAAGAGUGUCUUUUUUUUGUGGCGUGGUACGGCGUUUUUUUGAGCGGGUCCCCCCCUCCCUUUUUUCUUUCCCCCCGUUCUCUCUUUGCUCUUCUUAUUAAAUAGUUAUCGCUCGCUUUGCCAAGGAUGGGAGAUGCGUACAUGUUAGCAACGUUUAUACCCUGGCGAGAAUCUUCGUUUUACUUUUACCCUGUUUUAUUUUAUUAGUUUGUUUGCGGGAUAGGGAAAAUAGCCAAGAUGGCAAAUUUUUUAGUCAAAACUUUUUCCUUUGAUUCUUUGAUCGCUUGUGUGAACAGAGCGUUUUCCUGUAUAAAAUGGGCUGGGGUCUUUGGUUUGUUCAUUUUGCGUCGUCAUCAUCACCGUUUUUGGGCUUACGCUCGUUAGACUUUGGGGGCGAGGAGGGUUGGGUGUUUGGCUGAGUUGGUUGCAGUAAUGUGCCGCCGGGGGAAUGUGUGCGAAGAAAGGUGGUUAAUGAGCGGCGGACGCAAUAGCAUAUAGCUUCUGAUACCUUGGACCGUGGAUCUCCUAGCUUUGGAGGGGGGUCUAGGUUAGAUUCUGCAAUGUAUAUACAUAAUCGGUGGGCUACUCGGUGAAAGAUGAAAUAGAAUAAACGUGUUAGCUUGUGUGAUAUGCGUCCUAUGUUGGGGCUGUCAGGAACACAAGGGGAAUUAUACUUAUCACAGUGCACAACUUCUCACUCGGGUACACGUCGGACUGUGGUUGGUUGGUGG